UAUUUUCAUUUUAACCUGAGCUUGAGAAUCAUGCCAAAUCAGACUAUUGUAACAGAGUUCAUCCUCCUGGGACUUUCACAGAACCCAAAAGUUCAGAAAAUAAUAUUUGUUGUAUGUUUGUUUGCCUAUAUUGCAACCAUGGGAGGCAACAUAAUGAUUGCAGUAACCAUCCUCUGCAGUCCUGCACUGCUUGGGUCACCUAUGUACUUCUUCUUGGCAUUUCUGUCCUUCUUGGAUGCAUGCAUUACUUCAGUCAUUGCACCAAAGAUGAUUGCUGACUCCCUCAAUGACAGCAAAACCAUCUCCUUUGAAGGCUGUAUGACACAGAUCUUUGCUGAACACUUCUUUGCUGCAGUAGAAGUGAUUGUCCUCAUAGUGAUGGCCUAUGACCGCUAUGUAGCCAUUUGUAAGCCCUUACAUUACUCUUCCAUAAUGAACUGGAGGCACUGUAGCACUCUGGUGGGGGUGGCAUGGGCAGGGGGAUUCUUGCAUUCUAUCAUACAAAUAAUCUUCAUGUUGCAGUUACCAUUUUGUGGGCCUAAUGUCAUUGAUCACUUCAUGUGUGACUUGUUCCCAUUACUGGAGUUGUCCUGCACUGACACUUAUGUGUAUGCCUUGCUAGUGUUUGCCAACAGUGGCUCUAUCUGCAUCAUAAUCUUUUCUAUGUUGCUCAUAUCCUAUGGUGUCAUUUUGUUCUCUCUAAGAAAUCACAAUUCUGAAGGCCGAUGGAAAGCCCUCUCCACUUGUGGAUGCCAUAUUGCUGUUGUUAUUUCAUUCUUUGUUCCAUGCAUAUUUAUAUAUGCACGAUGCACAUCUGCAUCUUCUUUCGAGAAAAAGGUGGCUGUAUUUGAUGCCAUCAUGACUCCAUUGCUCAAUCCUAUGAUUUACACUUUCAGAAAUAAAGAAAUGAAAAAUGCCAUUAAGAAAAUGUGGAAAAUAUGA